AUCAGACUGAACGUGUUAUGAGAACUAGGCACGACUUCCUACGCCUCCCUAUUGUUUUGUUAUGCGCCUUUUGCCUUUUGAUUAAAUGGACCUUCACGCCUUUCACACGUCCUGAGAACAAGACAAGACACCCGAGGAGAGCUCACAGGCAGUCAGGGGUCCUAAAAUUGGGAGCCAUCUUGAAUAUAUUGUGAAGAAUAAAGUAUGAUUUUGGGACAAACUUAGCAGUUGGAGCUGGAACUACUGUGAGAGCUGCUGUUAUAGAGAAUUCUGACCAGUCACAUUCGAGAGUUCAGCGGUGCUGUGGCUGUUUUUGUGCAGUUGGGCGAUGGGUUUUGGGGAGGAUCUGUGGUGCCAUCAGGGUCAUGCUGCUCUGCUGCGGCUGCAGGACUCUGAGCUGAGACUCAUGGAGGUGAUGAAGAAGUGGAUGACACAGAGAGCCAAGAGCGACCGUGAGUUCUCUGCACAGCUGCAUCAGAUGGCAGCCGUAGUGGAGAAACUGGAGGGCCCUCAGCCUGGAGGAGGCUUGGAUUACAUCAGCCAGCUCCAUAAGUCGUGGAACGUGCUGUUGAGGGAGACGGAGAACCUGAGCCGGAUCCUCCGCAAGCACUCUGAAGACCUGCUGGUGGGUCCGCUUAGCAAGCUCACACUUCUAAUCAGAGACAAACAGCAGCUAAAGAAGACGUACAGCGAGCAGUGGAGCCACCUCAGCCAGGAGCUAUGCAGGGUCACCCAAACUGAGCUGGACCGUCUGAAGUCUAAUUACAAGCAGCUGGCUCGGGAUUCAGCCCAGGCUAAAAAGAAAUUUCAGGAGGCGAGUAAAGACAAAGACCGUGAGAAGGCCAAAGAGCGCUACAUCAAAGCCACACUAAAGCUUCAUGAGCACCACAACGAGUAUGUCCUGGCGGUGAAGGCAGCUCAGGUACAUCAUCAGCAGCACUUUGGCCAGAGCCAGCCAGCGCUGCUCACAGCCCUGCAGACACUGCAGGAGGAAAUGGUGCUCAUUCUGAAGGAGAUUCUGCAGGAGUACUUUGACCUGUCCAGUCUGAUCCAGGACGAAGUGGUGUGUGUUCAUAAUGAGAUGACCAAUGCCCUCAAAGCCAUCGAACCAUACAGAGAGUAUGAAAGCUUCAUUCAACAGAACAGGUCAAGAGCAGAAGUUCCAGCAUGUGUGGAGUUUGACAGCAGUCUCUUGGAAGAUACUGAACGUUUGAAGCCUGAGGAGCUGGAAGUGAAUGAACUCACUCUGGAAGGAAUACAGCACCGGCUCACUGCUAUCGAGGAGGAACUUCUCAGCAUAGCAGCGACUCUGGGAACACAACAGGCUGCCGUUAACCAGCUGGAAAUGGAUCUGGAAGCCGAAGAGAGUUUGGACAAGUCUGGCCAGAGGGUGUACCAGUUCAGUAAGCGCAAUGCUCUGGAAGACAGCAGGCAGCAGGUGGUAACAUCGAUGGUGGCACGGGCCCGGCUUGAGGCCCAGCGCAGGUUGCUGGCUGACAAACUGCAGAGCCUUGGCAGCGAUGACGCACCGACACUGGGCCUGGAUGAUGAUCGGAUUUCUCUCAACUCCAGCACCUCUGAGCGUGACAAAGACUUCAAGGUUCCCAGCGUGGACAGCAUCAUCAACCACCUGAGCAGCCUGUUCAAGCCCAAGUACACUAGUACUGUGUUUUACGAUGCCUCCCAGGUGCCACCCGCUCUGUCUCCUGUGCCUGAAGUAGAGAAGCCUCUGAGUCAGCAGUGUUGGUACCAUGGUGCCAUCCCACGUGUCGAAGUCCAGGAGCUGCUAAAGAAUGAUGGGGACUUUCUGGUCAGGCAGAGCCAGGGCAAACAGGAGUAUGUGCUGUCUGUCCACUGGGGAGGACAAUGUCGCCACUUUCUCAUUCAGAACACAGAGGGUAUGUAUCGUCUGGAUGGUGAGGGCUUUCACUCUAUACCACUGCUCAUGGACUACCUUCUGAACUCCAACAGAAAUGUCACCAGGAGAACAGAUAUUGUGUUGAAAAGACCCAUCCCAAAGGACAAGUGGUACUUAGAGCAUGAUGACGUUAUCCUUGGCCAAAGCAUUGGGCGGGGGAACUUCGGUGAGGUGUUCAGUGGCCGUCUGCGCUCAGAAAAUACAGCAGUGGCGGUGAAAGCCUGUCGUGAAAACCUUGCCAUGGAACUCAAAAAUAAAUUUCUCAUGGAAGCUCGGAUUCUAAAACAGUAUGACCAUCCGAACAUAGUGAAGCUCAUCGGUGUCUGCACGCAGAAACAGCCCAUCUAUAUAAUCAUGGAGCUGGUGCAAGGGGGAGAUUUCCUGUCCUUCCUCCGUUCAGAGGGACACAGCCUGAAGUCAAAGAUGCUGAUUAGGAUGGCGGAGAAUGUAGCAUCUGGCAUGCAGUACCUGGAGAGCAAGAAGUGUAUCCAUCGGGACCUGGCAGCAAGGAACUGUCUGGUAGGAGAGAAGAGUGUGGUGAAGAUCAGUGAUUUUGGCAUGUCACGCGUUGAACAGGAAGGCGUGUAUUCAGCAACUGGAGGCAUGAAACAGAUCCCAGUAAAAUGGACUGCACCAGAGGCUCUCAACUAUGGACGCUACACCCAUGAGAGUGACGUGUGGAGUUUUGGAGUGCUGCUUUGGGAGACAUUCUCUAGAGGUGUAACUCCAUACACCAGCAUGAGCAAUCAGCAGACCAGGGACGAAGUAGAAAAAGGGUAUCGUAUGUCAGCUCCCAGUGGCUGUCCAGAUGAGAUCUAUGGUCUGAUGCGACGCUGCUGGCUGCAUGACCCAAGAAUGCGUCCUUCCUUCAGUAAAAUCAGGACAGAGCUACACGCUCUCUGCAGUUAACACACACAUGCGGGGACACACAUCACUUAAGCUGUACUUUUUGACACACAUGCAAAGUUAUAUAUAAUGUCUAAAUAAACAGAACUUUUUUAUAUGACUGUCUUUGUAAUGUAUAUUUUGCUUCAAGAACAUUUUAUUUUUAUUUUUUAUGUAUUUAAAAUAUAAAACCUUGUCAUAACUUAUGAUCUCGUUGUAUUCACAUGACAUUGAUUUUUCUCUCAAUAAAGUCAAUGUUGUGACAUAAAGAUAAAAUCAGACUUCACAUGAAUCUUAUUUAAUAGCCUUUGUAAUAUAAGCUGUCUUUGCCAUCUCUUUCAUUCUGUAGCAGCAGUAAUUUAUCAGGUGAUGUAAGCAUGAUCAGGGCUGACAAAUGAACACAUCCCUCUUUCACAAGAUCUGAAUUUUGCUCAUUUUAUCUCCUUCAAAACAGUUUAAAUGCAUUGC